AACCACGUUUUUAUAUGGCGCCCAUGCCUCAGCGCGCUGGGUGUGUGUGUCUUUUUAAGCGUUGCAGUGUCACGAGAACACGUUAAAUAGCUUUAAGUGAGAGGAUAGGUUUAAUUUUGUUUUUGUUAAAAUAUAUAUAUUUAUUUAUAUGUGGAACUGGGUGUUUUCGACAAAGUUUCAAAACGAAAAUGUCUGUAUAUAUGGAUUUAAACAUAAUCGCCAUCAGCGACAAGAAAAGGCUGCAAAACAUUAUAGAGACAGCUGCUCACCUUGGUUACUCCACAGUUGCAAUAAAUUAUGUAGUGGAACCCCAGCAGAAGAAGCAGCAAAUUCCUAAGCCAUUGUCUGCUUCAGAGUUGUGUGAGAAACUCCCCAUAGUACAGGGUAAAUCCAGACCAAUUAAAGUGCUGAACCGGUUGACGGUGGUGGCCACAGAAGCCUCUCACUUUAGGCCGUCCAGUGAAUACAAGAACUUUGACAUUUUGGCCGUGUAUCCCAAAACUGAGAAACUCUUCCAUGCUGCCUGCAUGACAUAUGACGUGGACAUCAUCUCCAUAGCAACGACUGAAAAACAGCCUUUCUAUUGCAAAAGGUCACCAGUAAAUGGGGCAAUCGAAAGGGGGGUGUUUUUUGAGAUAAGCUACACAGCGGCCAUCAGAGACUCCACCAUGAAGAAAUACACAAUCGCAAAUGCCAUCAACCUAGUGGAUGUGUGCAAGGGAAAGAAUGUCAUUCUGACGAGUGGAGUGGAGAAUCCCCUUGAGUUACGUGGACCAUAUGACAUCGCCAAUCUUGGGCUAGUGUUCGGUCUCUCUGAAGGGGACGCGAAAGCUGCAGUCUCCACAAACUGCCGAUCCGUUAUACUGCAUGGAGAGACCCGUAUGACAGCGUUGGGUAUUAUUCACAUGAUGAUGAAGAAGAAGAAGAGCCAACCACCCAUCGAGCAGCCAGAGGAAGAAACUCCAGCUGUAAAGAGGGCCAAAACUGAAACACUUUAGUUCAGAUUUCAAGUUGGAACAUAAUAGCGGUUCAUUUUUGUUUAGUCUGCCAAUUGAGUUACAGUAUUCAUCCAGACACUGGUUUUCAGUUUUUGGGAUCAGGAUGUGUUUUGCCUGAACUGCUGGCUCUGUAUUGAUUCAGAUUUGACAUCAUUUCUGAUCCACUGAUGUGUUUAAUGCUUGUGGGAAAAUGACACACAACAGUGAUUUUGAGCAUAUCAAAUAGAUUUAAAUUAUGUUGUCAUUAGUCCUGCAAUAUUUGUCAGAUCUUAGCAGCAGUUUGCAAAGAGUCAGCCUGAUCACUAUGAGGAUCAGUAUCUGUUCAUGAAUUGCUUAUCUUAAUGCCUUGAAAAGAAUAAUAAUGGAACUGAUGGUGUCCUAGUUUAAGAGCUGUAUUUUUGGUCAGUUAUCAAUAAAUGUCAUGGAACUAC